AUGGACGACGAGGAGACUUACCGGCUGUGGAAGAUUGGCAAGACUAUCAUGCAGCUGUGUCAUGACCGUGGCUACUUGGUGACUCAGGAUGAGCUGGACCAGACACUUGAGGAGUUCAAGGCACAGUCUGGGGACAAACCCAGCAAAGAAAGACCAAGGCGCUCAAACCUCACCGUGCUGUUGGCCCACAAUGAUGACCCCACAGACCAGAUGUUUGUGUUCUUCCCAGAGGAGCCCAAGAUGGGCAUCAAGACCAUCAAGGUGUACUGCCAGCGCAUGCAGGAGGAGAACAUCUUGCGGGCGCUGAUCGUGGUGCAGCAGGGCAUGACACCCUCUGCCAAGCAGUCCCUGGUGAACAUGGCACCAAAGUACAUGCUGGAGCAGUUCAUACAGCAAGAGCAGCUCAUCAACAUCACAGAACACGAGCUGAUCCCUGAGCAUGUGGUCAUGACGAAGGAGGAGGUGACAGAGCUGCUGGCUCGAUACAAGCUUCCUGAAAGCCAGCUGCCCAGGAUCCAGGCUGGGGACCCAGUGACGCGCUAUUUUGGGAUCAAGUGAGGGCAGGUUGUGAAGAUCAUCUGGCCGCUACAUCACCUACCCCC